AUGGCCUCAUCUCCCAACAUAGCUGUGGACAUUGUCAUUGCGUGCAUAUGUGGGACUUUGAUCCUGUCACGAUGUGUGUAUCGCAUAUAUCACCGGUUCAAAGGCCAUGCAGGGUCUCAUCGACUCUGGCAUGGUGAUGAUAUCUUCAUGGCCGUUGCACUACUUCCGCUCGUAACACGAACGAUCUGCAUUUCACUGUCUUUUGCGCUGAAUCCCUCCCAUAUUCGAGAGCCUCCGACCGAGAGAGAGGCUUCAGCCGAGAAAACAACUCUCGAGACGCUUCGGCAUGACCGGAUUCUUGGACUCCAGCUACUCAUUGGCGCGCGAUUGGGCUAUGCACUUUUGUACGGCUCUUCCCAGACUGUCAUCGAUAGUAUGCUAAACCUUAUAGUCUUUGGUGUUUAA